AGUAGAUUAUACUCAAGCUAGUACGAAUGCUAGAACCUAAUUUUAUCGCUUUACUUCCCCCUUGGGCAAAUGCAGAGAAUUGCAUGAAAAUUGUGCAUCCGAAAGUGGUGUCGCGAGUGUUGUGUUGCGGACGUUUUGAAAAGCGCACUGCUUUUGUGUUACUUGUAAUGUUAUGCAGGGUAAAGAUGUGCUUCCAAAUUUGAUUCUUAUCCCGAAGUUAAUGCAUAUAAAAUGGUCGCAGUUCUGACGAUGAUGCUGAGUUCAACCAUGGGAUUUUCGCUGCUCCUCCGAAACACUCGUGAACUGUGGAAGGAGUGGGAGCUGCGGUUGCUCAUCCUCCUCAGCUUGUUUCUCCAGUUGACCCUUGCGACUAAAGGCAACAAGAGGAAAUCCAUCUCCAGUACGUGGAUCCAAUUCGUGGUCUGGACGAUGUACCUAUCGGCCGAGUCUGUCGCAACCGUAACGCUCGGCGUCCUCUCGAACCGCCUGGCCAACAUCAAGGAAACGAAGGGGACAUUUGAUCCACAGAGCCAGAUCACAGCGUUCUGGGCAUCGUUCCUUCUCCUCCACUUGGGCGGGCCCGACACGAUCACUGCGUUUGCCCUGGCGGACAACGAGCUAUGGUUGAGGCAGUUGGCGCGGCUUUGCGUCCAGGUAGGACUAGCUUGUUACAUUUACUAUAUGGCCUUGUCAGGGUCUACCCUGUCGUUGAUAGCAAAGGGUAUGAUCCUGGUGGGGUUCAUCAAAUAUGCUGAGAAGACAUUGUGUUUGUACUGGGCGAGCAAAGAUCAUCUUCAAGAUUCGAUGCGUUCGCCUCCCAAUUUUGGUCCCAUAUACCCCAGGAAAAUGGAGCAGUACGUUCUGAAGAAAGAGGAGGGUUACCAGGUCAGGUUCGAUGAGGUCAUAGAGUUUUCAGCGCCGGAGGGUCUCUCAGUGAGCGGUCAAGCCUCCGAUGAUGAAAAGACUCUGGUCAAAGCCUAUAAAUUAUUCAAGAUGUUCAAGCUUGUCUUCAUGAGCCUGAUCCUCAACUCUGGCGACCUGGUCGCCAGUAACCGCAUUUUCAUGGACUUGGACAUGGAUUCGGUGACGGCUUUUACAAUCAUGGAGAUCGAGCUCGGGUUCAUGUACGAUGUGCUUUACACCAAGGUACAGUUGCUGAACUGUGCUUGGAGCAUCAUUCGUUGGGCCAUUAGUCUCUCGGUGCCCUGUGCAGUGUUGGUAUUAUUCUCCUUACGGGAUAAGAAAGAUUACCCCAAAGUUGACAUCUGUAUAACUUUCUUGCUUGUAAGCGUGACUAUACUUUUAGAGGUUUACUCGCUUCUUCUAGCACUUUCAUCCGAUUGGGUCGACUGCUGGCGGCUUGAGAAAUCAAAGAGAUCCACAAUUUCGUCUGCCAUCAUUUUUCUCCGGUUCUUCCCGAAAAAAAGAUGGAGGAAUUCGGUGGCCCAGUUCAGCCUCUUGAGAUUUUCUACCAAGAAAGGAAACAGGAUCUUCCGCAAGUGCCCGUGGCAAGCCAGGUUAGUCAAGAAGGUGGAGAAGUACUUUUAUAUCGGUCAAAAAGAGUUCAGGAACAACGUCAAAGAAUGGAUCUUCAGUCAUAUGCGGGAAACGGUCAGAGAUCUGGAACCGGCCCGCAGAUCGAAGAGCUUGUUGGACAGUAUUAAGCUGGAGGCGCGCGAGGUACUGAAGAAGUCAAACUGCAUGGAGCUAUUCUGGAGCGUGGAAGUGGAGUUUGACCAGAGCAUCCUCAUCUGGCACAUCGCCACUGAGCUCUGUUACUACAAGGACCGCGGCAGUAACGAAAUCUUGGAAGACAUUUUGAGCUUCAAGAUGAGUAAGUUGGUCUCCCGGUACAUGCUCUAUCUUUUAGUUUUCCAUCCUUCCUUGUUGCCAACAGGGAUAGGGGUGUUCCAAUACGAAGACACUUUGGUCGAUGCUCAGAAGUACCUCGAAGACAAGCAAGCGGUGUUGUCAAAGAAGGAAGGCCGCAUCUUAUCGGUCAUCAAGUGGGCGAAGAGAUUAUUCGAGAAAGAGGCACAUCGCCACACUGAUGGUUACGGCUGCAACAAAGAGCACAAGUCUCGAGAGUCGCUAGAUCUGUGCAAAGUCUGCCAUCUUCUGUUCAAAGUGAGUACUCAUCGUGACCUCCCCGCGUGGAAGAUGCGCGGAGAGAAAAGCAUGUCGGUGCUGUUUGACGCAUGCUAUCUCGCGUCCCAGUUGACUGAAGUCCCCAGGAAAUGGGACGUGAUCGGCAAGGUCUGGGCGAUAAUACUGAUGUCGGCGGCUUACCAAAGCAAAGGCUACGAACAUUGCGAGAGCUUGAGCAGAGGAGGAGAGCUUCUCAGCCAUGUUUGGCUUCUCAUGGCGCAUUUCGGCAUAGCUCUGCCAGAACAAACUCCCGGAGCAAAACGCAUCACCAAACUGAUCAUGAACUAGAAGUUCCGGUGGAAUGUGUCGUUUGGUUAACCUAAUGUUAUUUGGGUAAUAUUAAUAAGUUAAGCUCGUCAUCUUGAGAUGGUGAGGGACUUAUUUCGAUAUUUUGUUGUACUUGGAGUUGUCAGGAAAUAAUGAAACUGUGUAUCAGUCA